AUGGCUUGCGCACUAUCCAUUGCCUCGACCACUUUGGUGGCUCAGUCUCUUUCUUCAGUCACAGGCUUUCGGCAAGCUGUCGCGUCGUCGUCUACGCUUCGGUCGUUCCCGUCUGCUCGACGUGCGGCUCCCUCGUUGAAGCGUGGUGCCCGUGCCGAGGUCGCCGUUCAAUUGGGUGGUGGGCCUGCCAGCGAGCACAACAAGGUAGCUGUGGGCGACAAGGUGCGGGUGUCCCAAUCCGUGAAGGUCUUUCAUGUGCCAGGGGUGAAGGAGUUUGAUUUGGAAGGAACGGAAGGGACUGUGAAGGACGUCCUUGGAGUGUACAAGGGAACUCCUGUGUCAGCGAACUUACCGUACAAGGUGGCGUUCGAGAUUGAGGUCAAUGGAGCCAAGAAGAAGUUCUUUGUUCAUUUCAAGGAUGAUGAGAUUGAGUUGUCGAUGAGCGAUCGGCGGCCGAUCAGUUUAGAGGAGGGAUGGGAGCAGAUGCGGAGGGGCAUCGACAAGCUCGAGAAGUUUCUGGAGGGCGUGCCGGACCAGCGCUUCACGCACGAGGAGUACAUCAACCUUUACACAAUUAUCUACAACAUGUGCACGCAGAAGCAUCCUCAAGACUACUCACAGCAGCUGUACGAUAAAUAUCGCGGGGCCUUCGAGGAUUAUAUCAGAGCCAUGGUGCUGCCGUCGCUGCAGGAGAAGCACGACGAGUUCAUGCUCAAGGAGCUGGUGCGGCGGUGGGACAACCACAAGCUCAUGGUGCGCUGGCUCUCGCGCUUCUUCAACUACCUCGACCGCUACUACAUCCCCCGCCGCCAGCUGCCCACGCUUAAGGAAGUCGGCCUCUCCUGCUUCAAGGACCUCGUGUACGAGGAGAUUCGGAUCAGCGUCAAGGACGCCGUGCUCGACCUGGUGAACAAGGAGCGCGAGGGCGAGCAGAUAAACCGCGCGGGGGUGAAGAACGUGGUGGGGAUAUUCGUGGAGAUCGGCAUGGACACCAUGGACAACUACGAGCAGGACCUCGAGGUCUUCAUGCUGCACGCCACCUCCGCCUACUACUCGCGCAAGGCCGCCUCCUGGAUCAUGGACGACUCCUGCCCCGACUACCUCCUCAAGGCGGAGGAGUGUCUGAAGAGGGAGAAGGAGCGUGUGUCGCACUACCUGCACGCGUCCAGUGAAGGCAAGCUGCUCGAGAAGGUGCAGCACGAGCUGUUGACGCAGUACGAGCAGCAGCUGCUGGAGAAGGAUAACUCAGGCUGCCGAGCUCUGCUGCAGGACGACAAGGUGGACGAUCUGUCGCGCAUGUACCGCCUCUUCUGCCGCAUCCCCAAGGGCCUUGAGCCCAUCGCCACCAUCUUCCGCCAGCAUGUGACGGACGAGGGCACAGCGCUGGUGAAGCAGGCAGAGGAUGCGGCCAGUAACAAGAAGGUGGAGAAGAAGGACAUAGUGGGGGCGCAGGAGCAGGCGUUUGUGCGCAAGGUGAUAGAGCUGCACGACAAGUACCUGCAAUACGUCAGCCACUGCUUCCUCAACCACUCGCUCUUCCACAAGGCGUUGAAGGAGGCGUUUGAGUCGUUUUGCAACAAGGGCGUGGGCGGCAGCACGAGUGCGGAGCUGCUGGCGACGUUCUGUGACAACCUGCUCAAGAAGGGCGGCAGCGAGAAGCUCAGUGACGAGGCCAUUGAAGACACGCUCGAGAAGGUGGUGAAGCUGCUGGCGUACAUCAGUGACAAGGAUCUGUUUGCUGAGUUCUACCGCAAGAAGCUGGCGCGGCGGCUGUUGUUUGACAAGAGUGCGAACGACGACCACGAGCGCAGCAUUCUCACCAAGCUCAAGCAGCAGUGCGGGGGCCAGUUCACCUCCAAGAUGGAGGGCAUGGUGACGGAUCUGACGCUGGCACGGGAGCAGCAGGCGGCGUUUGAGGAGUAUCUGGCGGACAACCCCGGGCACAGUCCGGGCAUAGACCUCACCGUCACCGUGCUCACCACCGGCUUCUGGCCCUCCUACAAGUCCUCCGACCUCGCGCUGCCCGCUGAAAUGGUGCGGUGUGUGGAGGUGUUCAAGGAGUUUUACCAGACGAAGACGAAGCACCGCAAGCUGACGUGGAUCUACUCACUGGGCACGUGCAACAUCACGGGCAAGUUCACGGCCAAGCCCAUCGAGCUCAUCGUCACCACGUACCAGGCCGCCGUGCUGCUGCUCUUCAACGCAUCUGAGCGCCUGAGCUACAGCGACAUCAAGAACCAGCUGAACCUCACGGACGAGGAUAUUGUGCGCUUGCUGCACUCGCUGUCCUGCGCCAAGUAUAAGAUUCUCGUGAAGGAGCCGGCUGGGAAGACCAUUGAGCAGAGCGACGUGUUCGCUUUCAACCCGUCCUUCACAGACAAGAUGCGGCGCAUCAAGGUGCCGCUGCCGCCGAUGGACGAGAAGAAGAAGGUGAUAGAGGACGUGGACAAGGACAGGCGGUACGCCAUAGACGCGUCCAUCGUGCGCAUCAUGAAGAGCCGCAAGGUGCUGGGCCACCAGCAGCUCGUGCUCGAAUGCGUCGAGCAACUAGGCCGCAUGUUCAAGCCGGACUUCAAGGUGAUCAAGAAGCGAAUUGAGGAUCUGAUUGCGCAGCUCGGCGCGCCUCACGCUGUCGUGUUUCCGUCCUCGUCGGCGCUCACCCGCGCGGUAAUGGUGGACCUGCAUCGCAACGGGCACAUGGAAGCCCUCAAUUCAGCCCUGUCGUCGCUGGCGUUUGACGCGCACCGCCUCUCCCCCUCGCGCUACAGAGACCUCCACAGGAAGUGUGCAGGAAAUUUCGAGCUGCUGCUCUCCACGCACUUCAAUGCUUCAGCGUGGCCCAUCCCCUCCUUGGACGCACAGGCCAAGCACGCACUGCUGCAGCGCCUGCUCAACCUCAAGGAGCAGGCCUUGUCGCGUGCACUGCAGCAGGGAUCAGUGCCGCUGCGGCCCGGACUCGUGGACUUUCUACAGGACGCGGUGACAGCUGGAGUACACGUGGCAGUGCUGGCAGGGCUGGCACGGAGUGGGGAGGACACGGCGAGGGGCGUGCUGAGGGGCAUGCCAGCGGCGCUGCAGCAGCGGGUGCACGUGGUGGGCGAGAGGGAGGCGAGGGAGAGUGCGUUCGGGCAGGUGGUGCUGGGAGGAGGGGCGUCAGCAGGCGUGGAUGAGGCACUGGCUGCGCACAUGGCUCAGGCUGUGUUGGUGGAGAAGAGGCGAAUAGCGGAGGAGGUGGCGCGCACGCUCAAGCUCACAGUGGACCUAGACAUCCCGACUGAGUCACAGGAGGGUGUAGCCAUGCUGCGAGCAGCAGCGGAGGUGGUGGGGGUGCCGGCGGCAGCGUGUGUGGUGCUGGCGGGGUGUCAGGGCACGGUGCAAAUGGCGGGACAAGUGGGCAUGACUGCAUGUGUUGUUCGCAGCAGCAUGACAUCAGGGGCGGAGUUCAGAGGAGCGCGAGCAGUGUUUGACGGCUUUGGUCCCGGCGCGCUCACUCUCCCACGCCUCCUGCGCAUGCUCGCCGCCGCUCCCACCAGCCCCCCAACGCCAUCCCUGUGA